GUACAAAAACUAUAGAAUUUGUGAGAUUUUCUCAGUUUCUGACUUCUGAGAGAUAAAGAGAGCGAUGAGAGGAGUCGGAGGUCCGUUGCUGUCAAUCGACGAUCUUCUCGCCGAUCUCGGCGAAGAAACUUCCUACUCACCGGAAAACGUUUCAACUCCUGAAAUUUCUUCAAAACCAGACUCCGUUGAUACCUUCUCUGAACCGUUGGAUCUAUCCCGACUCUUUCAGGAAAACUAUGAUAAACUAAAUGAUGCGUUUGGUGGUUCUGAUCACUCAUGGACCUCCCUAACAUUGGAGCUUUGCACUGCCUUAGAAACCGCAAACAAGUUGGUCCAUGCCACCACCUCGAAUGCUAGAUUGUUGUCAGAGAAGGUGGAAGAACUCGAGAAAAUUGUUAAACGAGGAGACUCUGCAGUGGCAUCUGCCAGAACGGUUCACGCCACAAUUAACCAGAAAGGAUUAGUUGAUUACCCUCUGCGUGACAGUUAGGACUUAUGACCAUUAACCAAUAUCAAUUUAAUACUCUACCAAGGUACAAACCAACCUUUUGGGUUCUAUUAUUAAAUCUUUGCAAAUGGGAUCCACAACUAUGUUAUUUGAGUCUAGAUGUAUCUUGAAUCAUACGACGAUAUAAAUAUAUAAUUUUUUGACAUUUAUGAAAGAGCAACUGAGCAAGCAUGUAUUUAGUUUAAUUGGAUUAUUGGAGAAUGUAGGAUUUGGUUCUCUUAAAAUAUGAUAUGGUCUGAUCGUA